AUGGCGCGGACUCGCACCGAGAAGGGUGAAGGCGGCCCGCCGGCCAGGAAGGCACCCCGCAAGUCUGCGAGGGCUGCGGCAGCUGGGUCAGACGCAGCGUUCUGCCAGCGCUGCGACGAGGCCUGUGACAAGGAGACGUCCUUGCGCGCCGUCGCAAGUGGCAGGGGCAGGCAGCUCUCGAUCAUAGGUUGCGACACGUGCUGGGCUACUUACGAGCGCCACUAUAUUGGGGAGUACGCGUGGGCGGACGUCUGCGAGAAGUCGCACGAGGAGGACGAGUUCCGCGAUGACUUCGGGAAGCACGCCGAUGCCGACAGGGAGCUGGAGGAGCAGGUGAACUCGGCGGCCAGUGAGAACGGCUCGGUUGAGAUCGACACGAUCUACGGCCAAGAGGUGUCGAAGACCAACAUCCAGUUGACGCCGCAGCAAUGGAACGCCCUGGUGGUUCCUCGUGGCGUCGUGGGGAUCACGCCAGAGAUGACAGAUACGUCGGACUGCAGGGUCCCCAGCUGCACCCAGCCUGGCGCGUGCACGACUGGCGUCGUGAUGCAGCACCCCGACAAGCCCUACACGGAGAUCAAGAGCUACACUCGCACCGAGGUGCGGGUGUCGACGGUGAAGUUGUCGGCGUCGAAGGCUUCCAAAGUUGGCGCCGACGCGGAGACCUUCAGGAAGGAGAUCACCAGGCUCCGCCAGAAGCAGGCGACGAUCUUGCGCGGCUUCGCGAAGGUCCCCACCAUGGACAACUUGAGGGAGGUCGCCUCUGCGAAGGCCCGAGCACUGGGCUUGAUGCCCCCCCCGCCGCCCAGGGCUGCGAGCAGCAGCGCGGCCUUGGCCGUCAUGGACGGCCGAGUGGGCAGCCACGCUUGCAGCCCUCGCGGCGACGAGAGCCUCGCAGUCGUGCCACGCGCUUCGCCGCCAGAGCCGCGGGCUCCAGCUGGGGCGCAGCUUGGCAGUGGCGAGAUGAGCGGAGCGGGCUACACCUACACCGACCCCGUGAUUGUCGUCGAGGACUCGUUAAUGGCAGCUGACAGUGUAGCGGCAGGCUCGUUGCAGAGGGGGUGGGGCUCUGCUGGCCCUGGGUCGUGUGGCGCGUCGCUCUCAGGCGACUCGCCUGCCAAUGGGAGUGGCGUGCGGGAUCGGUCGAGGUCCCCAGCGCCGAGCACGGCCGCUUCGCGCGCCGACUCGUCGGGCGGCAAGGCCAGCGCCGCUAAACCCAGCACACCCAAUGCCGCGGAGAAGAACCGCCUCGAGGCCCUGAGGAGGGACCUGAACAUCUCGGAGCUCCUGGACGGCGUGAAGAAGGGCGACAGGGACUACUCGCUGAAGCGCUUCAAGCCCAAGGCUCCGAGCGUCAUCGUCAUGGCAGCCGCGCUUAAGAAGCAGGUCGAGGCGGCCACCUACCUUGCGGCCAACAUCGGAAAUAUGACGUGGGUGCAGGUCUGCGAGCGGCUGAAGGAGAUCAAGAGCGAGCACGUGCUCCAGACGACGACGUUCCAGGCUUCCCUUCUGCGGGCUUACGUGAAUGAGAACAUCAAUGAUUUUGAGGUGAUGGUUGAUGCCUUGCUGCCGUACGCAAGGUUCGCCGAAGAGUACGACGUGGUCCAGCCCCGCUUGUCGUCCAUGACCAUGCCGAUCGAGGACAAGAUGUCCCUGACCCGAGAGGUGCUGCUUGACGUCAUCGUGUUGCCACAGGUGGCGGAGGGCUUCAAGAAGGUCAAGCACCUGCAGGGUUUCGGAGGGUCGCUGGCAGCGGCCUUCAAGAACGUCGACGGCUGCCCCGAUAACGUGAAGCUCUUCUGCGAGCAGGUGACGGCGAUGGGCAUGUUGUUGGAACAGCUGCCGAACUACGACCCGUUGACGUUCGAUACGGUCAAGAUGUUCAUGAAGCCCAUGAUCGAGCUCAUUACAGGUGCGACUGAGGAGCCUGGCUGGCACCCGCUGUCUGCGACGCUUUCAGCGUACGAGCCCUGGGCUCAGUACAAGGCCUCCUUCCGCAGUGCCGCGUCCACAGACCUCGAGAUCGCGCCCUUGAUGACUGCCACGGUCAGCGAGCUCGUCCAGGCGGGGAGGAACCCCGACGGCUUGAGAGUCAUUGAGGGUGCCAUUUCAUCCAUACGGCUGUGGAGGCAGACGUGCCGCGGGAAGACAAAGGCGACCGUUGGCGUAGAGCAGGCCCUCCACAGCACGAUCGAUAGGCUGGUCCGCGGCACCCUCGAGACGCCCGCAGAUCGGUUGGACAUCGACGAGGCGGAGAAGCUGAUGGAUUGCAUGGCAAAGCUCGCAGCGAUCCUCGGGGUUGAGCAGGGGGGCGGCGACGACCCGAUGGGAAGCGCGUUCGAGGACGUCUCCUUGCACGUCGACAUCGCCCGCCAGGCCAGCACGGAUAACCAGUACAUGGAGACCAUCAGCAAGUUCCUGAUGGACCCCGCGAGCGAGAGAGUCGACGAUAUCAGGAUCUUCUUGGCCAAGCAUUGCGACUUGAAGGUGCAUGACGAUGGCCAGUGCCAGAAGCUCAUCGACGCAUCGGUCCGCAUCAUCGAGAACAGCGACAUAUUGAAUAGCGAUCUGGACUUAGAGCGGGUUGAGGAGUCCAAGGGUUUGAUCGACAGGUCCGAGACAUCGGUCGUGGUCGCCUCUUGCUUGCUGAAGUGCAUCGUCCCGACGCCUGAGACUGCGCCCAUCGUCGAUGCGAUCACCUCACGGCUUGCCGACCUGCAGGGGGGCGUCACGGUGGCGAGGUCCCUCAUCAGGUUCUGCGCUGCCAACGCUUCGCAGGACACUGCCAAAGGGGACUUGCAGGCGCUCUUCGAGCAGCUGGACUCCGCCAUCUCAGGACGUGCAAGCACGAAGAGUUCAGCUGGCCAUGGCGAGUUGCUCAUCCAGCGGGGCCUCACGUCGUACGAGACCUACGACAAGGUCAUCGAGCCGUGGUGCGCCGCGGCGAAGGCCGUGGCGUCGAGCUACGCGACUGGCUGCGCAAAGGAUCGGGGGCCGCCAGGGAUGCACCGAGACGUCUUGGAGCAGGUCCAGAGGGAGGACGCUCGCCUUCGGAAGCUCGCUGGCGGCAUGAACGACGGCUCGCACUGGAUGGACGGGUUCGGCGAGGACGUGGGCGACUUCGCGGCAAUCAUGGCCCACGCUAGGAAGACGCUCUUCAAGCAGUUCGGGCUGCACGGCAAACUGAAGUUGGCGGUCAAGGAGUUCGGAGACUCUGUGCGAGCGUGCGCUGCCCAGCACGCGACCUUGGGCAUCGACGCAGACGCCCGCGGCGAGGAGUUCAAAGCUUUCCAGGCCACCCUCGAGGUGGCGAACACGACGCUGGCGGCGGCGGCGCUGGCCCAGGCGUUCAAGGACGAGAAGGCCGAGGGUCCGACGCGCAAGGCCAGCGUACUGAGGGCCGUGGACGCUUUGCAGGCCCGCGGGGUGCAGGUGUCAGCUCUGCCCGCGGGCCUGUGGACCGAGGCCCAGAAG